UCUUCCACUCAUCACAAACCCAGGCAAGACAGCCUCAUACACCUACACUCCGACACACACGCUCCAGGCACCGGACCGAAGACCACAUACAGUACAGCAGUUCCAGGGGAAGCAGGAGUCUUUGUCCCCUUUCAGACCACAGCAUUGUCCAGUAUGGAGCUUUUUGAGACCAACCCUUACUUCUUCCCUGAUCAGCGCUUUUAUGAGGGAGGGGACAACUACUUCCCCUCUCGCCUGCCUGGGGCGUAUGACCAAGGUGCCUACCAGGAUAGAAACUCCAUGAUGAGCUUGUGUGGGAGUCUGUCUGGAGGUGUUGGAGUUGGAGUGACAGGAACAGAGGACAAAGCCUCUCCGUCCAGCCUGUCACCUCACUCCGAGCCCCACUGCCCCGGCCAGUGCCUGCCCUGGGCCUGUAAGCUGUGCAAAAGGAAGACGGUUACCAUGGACCGUCGGAGAGCGGCUACAAUGAGGGAGAAGAGGCGCCUGAAGAAGGUGAACGAGGCCUUUGAUGCUCUGAAGAGGAGCACUCUGAUGAAUCCAAACCAGAGGCUGCCCAAGGUGGAGAUCUUGCGGAGUGCCAUCCAGUAUAUUGAAAGGUUGCAGGCCCUUGUGUCUUCCCUCAACCAGCAGGACACUGAGACUGGACAGCAGGGACUGCAUUUCCGACCCACUGCGGCCCAACCCAGAGUGUCGUCAUCAAGUGAGCCCAGUUCGGGCAGCACCUGCUGCAGUAGCCCAGAGUGGAGCAGCACUCCCGAGCAGUGCACACAGAGUUACAGCAGUGAGGAUCUCCUGAGUGUUGCUGACUCUCCAGAGCAGGGGAACAUGCGUGCUCUGACCUCCAUUGUGGACAGCAUCUCUGCAGCAGACGGUGCUGUGACCUUUCCUAUGGACAUUUCCAAAUAGGCCCUUCAGACAGCGGACCCAUAGGCACGCAGAGAGCCACAGACAAAAAGGAAAAUGACAAUUGGCAAAGCGGGCUGAAAACCUGUCCUAAAUACCAAUUGAAUUUAUUUUUCCAUCUCUACCAAUCCGAUUGUCUUAUACUAAAAUUUAAAAGCAGUGAUUUAUUUAAUUGCAACUCUGUUGAUCAGUGGGUCUGCUAGCCAAACUGAAUUCCUCUGUUCCCAGCGAGGCCUUACUCCCUUUAUUCCCUGCCUUAUCCCGUGGUCCAGACCUGUCGGUCAAAGUCACAGGAGCUUAGUCUAACUAGAGAUUCGAGGACUUUACUGCAUGAACCCAACACCUAUUUACUAGAGUGGAUCUCUGUCAGGCUCAGUCUGACAGAACCACAGAGGAAUGAUAAAGCCUGGUUUUCUCCUUACUUAAUUUAAGUUUUCCUUUUUUCGAAACCUUUCCCUGACCUUCUCUCAUUCUAUUUGUGUGUGUUUUUAUGCUUAAAAAAAUCAUGAGAUAAUUUGUGGGGCCAAUAAGUACCAUGGCAGUUUUGACCAAGAUCUGCUUAAUUUAAACUGGUUAUGAAUGCUAGUGAUGUAAAUACGUUCCCUUUUUCUACAGAGUGGUUUUGCCAUUUUAUUUUUUAUUUUUUUGCUAAUUUAUUUUUGACUUUUAUAACUAAGAUUGUUGUGUAUUUGUAGAUGUUUUGAAAGGUGAUAUUUUCUGUCCAAUUCUUGCAAUAAAGACCAUUU